AUGUAUGUCUUGUAUAGGGAAUGUUCCAGUAUCUUGAUAAUAGUAGGGGAUUGUCAUCCUGAGCCAUGCCUGCCGAGGCAUCGUGGAGACGCGCGAGUUUUGAAGCAGCGAGCACAAGAUGACAUUGUGUCAGUCCUCAAGACGUUUUAUAGUGAGCCAACACGGAUUGUGCCAAUUCGUCUUUUUGAUGCUCACACCGCCUUCAAGGAAGCUCUGGUGGAAGAAGUUGACAUUCAAAUUCUCUCUGCUGGAAGCACCAUUUGCAAGGAAUAUGAGCUGCAGGAUUGGGCAUUCUGCGUGUGGCGUGGGGAAGCAGAUGUCUUGGACUCUGGGUCAUCCACGUCAAGCUUUCUGAGACUGUCACACACCAAAGGUGCUCAAGCAUGGGCUGCCUGGUGGUGUUUGAUUGAGCUCCUAGGAACUCAGAUCACACCGCACAUCAGCCGGCAUCCUGUGAAGGCAGUGACCGAUUGUAUUAUUUGGAAGCUGGCACCUGCCAACCUCAGGAGACUGCAGAAGGCAUUUCCGGCGGAGUGCCGUAUGCUUGAGAAGGUGGCGAUGUACCAUGCUUCACUUCUGAAGCCAAAAGCCAUGGCACUGAAGCAGAUGCCUUUCUUCAGCGAUGCUGACGCGAACUUCGUGGAAACCCUGGAGUUGGGGAGCAGUCGCAUCAUCUUGGCUUCUGGUGAGGUGGUGUAUCAGAAGGGCAAAGCCAGCGCAACGAGAGAUCUUUUCUGUGUGGCUCGGGGAGUUGUUCGAGUAGUACAAGCUAACGUUGACAGCAAGCGCUUAGCAGCCUCCGCGGGGCGUCAAACGAGGCGCCAAGGAGUGCAAGAUGAGCUUCUUGGAGAGGGAGCAGUGUUUGGUGAGAACAUUGCGCUUGAGUUGAAGAAUACCAGAGCAAUGUCGGUGGUUUCAGAGACCAUCGCCGAUUUGUAUGCGAUCCCAGGACGCUGUUUGUGUGACGCUAUUGCACGGGCACCUGGAGAAAUUCAACGCUUUCUAAACCUCUUGGAGGAGCGAGGCUUUGGCGUGAGAUUUCCUGAGGAGCUCCGAGAGAUCGGGCGACUGAGCCGAUUUCCGCUGAGCUUCCUGGAACGCCUCAAGGCGAUUUGCACGGCCGGGGCCGCUUGUAGUGGUGCCAAAUUGGUUGAAGAAGGGCAAACGAUUUCCACUGUGUACUUCAUUUUCCGAGGCAAAGUGCUUGCCACGAGGGAUUACACCGACUUCCCUCCGCCUGAGAUCAAGGCGCCAAGCACUGUGGGUUGCUUUGCAGUGCGAUCUCCGAACGAGCCUGCAGAGACCUCCAUUGUGGUGAAUAGCUUCUGCGGCUACUUCAAAGUGGAUAUUCAACAGCUCCGGGAUUUGCUGGAAGAGUAUCCAUUUGUGAGCCGCAGCUGGGAAGAUUUGGUGGAGGAGGAACAGCAUGAUUUGGAACCGAUGACGCCGAGCGCUUCUGGUAGACGUGCCAGCCGCAUGCUGAUCUUUGCACAGGAGGAUUUGGCGCUGCCAGACGAUGAAGAAGAGAAAGUCAUCAUGGACACCCUGGAAAAGCGCUUUGAGGGCGCUGACGACGAAUUCCUUGAUUGCUUGAGAGACAUCUUGGAGAAGCGAGUCUUUGACAAUGAGGUCAUCUUGGCACAAGGAGACGACGGAACCUUUGCGAUUCUCAUCGCAUCCGGCUGCUGCACUGUGGAGGUCAAUGGAACCAAGGUGGGUGAGGUCCAGGCACGGGGUGAGUGUCAACAGUGUCUCUGGGAUGGUCAGUGA